GUCUGUGUGUCUGUGUGUGUGUGCAUGUGGAUAUGUUUUCAACCUAAUCACUUUUCUAGGCUCUGCCAUUGAGAAGGCAAGCCAGGCUUUUGCUCACAGGCCUCCAUUGCAUCAUCUCCCUGUCUCUAAACCUGUCCCACAUGGUGAAGCCUCAGCCCUGGCUUUGCUAACCUUGUCUUGCUCUGGCUGCUCCCCAUCCUCUAUCCCAGCACAGAAGGGUUGUGUUAUCACCAAAAGGAGAGGAGGAGAGCCCAAGCUAGAAGGCAGGAUUGCAGGCGUCCGGGGAGGUUGGACCAGUGGAGUUACUGCAAGUUCUACAUCUUGGCUGUAAUUUGAGAAUGGGGUACUCUAGAAGCCAUUGGAGAGUUGGUCUUUAUUUUACAGAGUGCUGUAGGCACCUCUGGGAUGGUGCUAGAGAGAGAGGCAGUAACAAGUUCCUCUUGCUUGUAACAAACUGAUCACAGCUGAAACAGAAAAUUGCAUCUCGACUGUCUGUGCGCCCAUCCUCAUCCCCGGACCCCAUGGCCUGCCUGUCAGAAGUCUUGCUUUUCUCCUGCCGUGUUGGAAAAGUGGUUCUGACCUGGGAGAUCCUAGUGAGCAAUGAGCAUGAAACACAGGCUGUGGUACGACUAAGAAGCUUGCAGGGUCUCUACCUUCUGUGCGAGGCAGAUGGUUCUCUGUGCUACGGGCGGCCAAGGACAAGCCAUCAUGGGUGCUUCCUCAUCCGUUUCCACCGCAAUGGCCAAUGGACCCUCCAGUGCAUCAUCAGUGGUCGCUACCUGGAAUCUGAUGGCGAGGAUGUUUUCUGUACCUCCCGGGUCCUCUCAGCUUACCACAUGUGGACCCCCCGGCCAGCCCUGCAUGUCCACGUGAUCCUCUUCAGCCCCCUCAACCACUGCUAUGCCCGGGCUGACCCUACCAUGGGCCGAGUCUGGGUAGAUGCACCAAUUCCCUGUCUGGAGGAAUGCAGCUUCCUGUUGCACUUCCAAGAUGGAUGCUACCACCUGGAGACCUCUGCACACACCUUCUUGUCCCACUUAGACCGGCUGGUCUCCCAACCCUCAACGCAGACAGCUUUUCACAUGCAAGUGCGUCCUGGAGGGCUUGUGGCACUGAGCGAUGGGGAGGGAGGCAUGCUGUAUCCACAGGGCACACGCCUGCUCCUGAGCCUGGGCUCCAAUCCCCAUGGAGGCGAGGAGUGGUUCAUCCUACAGCGCUGCCCAACAUGGGUUAGCCUCACGUCCAAGGCUCGGAAGUUCCUCUCCGUCAUCUAUGACGUGGAGGUGUGUGCUGCCUCUGAGCACAUAAGCCCAAUGUCGUUGUUCCAGUUUGAAUGUGACAAUGAGACCCCCACCUUGCAGCUUCGUUCAGCCAAUGGCUGCUACCUAGCCCAGAGACGCCACAGGGCGGUGAUGGCUGAUGGGCACCCAGUGGAGUGUGAAACCUUCUUUCGUAUGCACUGGAAUUGUGGCAGGAUCCUCCUGCAGUCUCCCAAUGGACGCUUCCUGGGCAUCGCAGCCAAUGGCCUGCUGAUGGCCAGUGCCACCGUUCCAGGCCCAAAUGAGGAAUUUGGGAUUCGAUUAGCCAACCGUCCCUUCCUCGCCUUGCGGGGUCGGUAUGGGUAUGUGGGUACCUCAUCAGAACACGACCUCCUGCAGUGCAAUAUGGAUCAGCCAGAUUGCAUUCACCUGCUGCCCUGCCGCCAGGGCAUCUACCACUUUCAAGCACAGGGUGGAUCCUUCUGGUCAAUAACAUCUUUCGGCACCUUUCGGCCUUGGGGAAAGUUCGCCCUCAACUUCUGUAUCGAGCUUCAGGGCAGCAACUUGCUCACCGUGCUGGCACCCAAUGGCUUCUACAUGCGAUCCGACCGAAGUGGUACCCUGUUGGCAGACAGCGAAGACAUUACCAAAGACUGUAUUUGGGAAUUUUAGGUCAACAGGAUGCCACCUAUCGAAAUCCAAAUCUUCCAGGAGAAACUACUACACUAAACCAAACAGGAACCCCAGAGUCAAGAUCCAUGAGAAGAAUAUCUGUAACACAACUUUUCCUACCCAGUUUAGCAAAACACCUGUUUUGAGCAACAAUACAUCACAAACGGCCACCCCCAA